AUGAUUGAGACUUGUUUGCAAGAUUGGGGAAUUGAGAAAUUUUUUACAAUCACUGUUGAUAAUGCAAGCUCUAAUGAUGUGGCUAUUGCUUAUCUUAAGAGGAAGUUGAUUGCUUGGGGUAGUGAUGGAUGUGUUCUAGAUGGAAGAUAUUUGCACUUCAGGUGUUGUGCACACAUUAUAAACUUGAUUGUUUGUGAGGGGUUGAGGGAAGUACAUGACUCCAUUGUGAAUAUCCGCAAUGCAAUCAAAUAUGUAAAAUCUUCUCCUGUUAGGAAUGAAAAACUAAAGGAGUGUGCGAGAAAAGAGAAGAUCGAUUGCAAGUCUAUUGUAUUUUUGGAUGUUUCAACUAGGUGGAAUUCAACCUAUUUGAUGUUGAAAACGGCAUUGAAAUUUGAGAAAGCUUUUGAUAAGUUAGAAGAAGAAGAUGUUCAAUAUUUGCAUUACUUUCGGGAAGACGAUGGUGGUAAAAAGAGAAGUGGACCUCCUUCAAAUUUAGAUUGUAAAAAUGGAUCUGUAUUUGUCAAGUUUCUUAAAAAAAAAUUGAUGUAA